GGGCCGGGCCUCAGGUGGAGGGCGGCCCGAGGCCAGGCCCGGUAGAGCUGCCCUGCGGCGGCGCCAAGCGGCUCCCAGGAUGCGGUGCUGUUCCCUCUGCGUGUUCGACGCCACCCAAGGGCCCCGGCGGCUGAUGCGCGUGGGCCUCGCGCUGAUCCUAGUGGGCCACCUGAACCUGGUGCUGGGGGCCGUGCUGCAUGGCACCGUCCUACGGCACGUGGCCAACCCCCGCGGUGCCGUCACGCCGGAGUACACCACCGCCAAUGUCAUCUCCGUGGGCUCGGGGCUCCUGAGCGUUUCCCUGGGACUUGUGGCCCUCUUGGCAUCCAAGAACCUAUUUCGCCCGCCACUGCACUGGGCCCUGCUGGGACUGGCCCUGGCGAAUCUGCUCGUGUCUGCUGCCUGCUCCGUGGGCCUCCUCUUAGCUGUGUCACUCACUGUGGCCAACGGAGGCCGCCGACUUAUUGCUGACUGCCAUCCAGGACUGCUGGAUCCUUCCAUACCACUGGACCAGGGGCCUGGACACACCGACUGCCCCUUUGAUACCACGAGAAUCUUUGACACGGCCUUGGCUCUCUGGAUCCCUUCUCUGCUCAUGUCUGCGGCUGAGGCUGCUCUGUCUGGUUACUGCUGUGUGGCUGCGCUCACCCUAAGGGGAGUUGGGCCCUGCAAGAAGGAAGACUUUCAGGAGCAGCUAGCGGAUCUGACAGAGCUGGAACCUCCCAAAUGUAAAUGGCAGGAAAAUGUGAAGCUUCUGGAUCAACAUCGUGAACUCCGGGCAUCACAGAAAACCUGGGUUUAGGACAGGGUCUAAGUUGCCCAGGCUUGAUUCCAAUCUGUGAUCCUCCUGCCUCAGCCUCCCAGAGUACAGGUAUUACAGACACGCACCACCAUGCCUGUUUACAGCUGGUUCUUUGCUCUGCAGCUUCCCCAUCAGACCCAGAUUGGUUCUUCCUUUUAUCAGCAAAGGCUCUUCCAUGGCUCAGUCCACAAGUGUUUUUCCACUAAGCCAGGGCCCUGAUUCCAGGAUGACAUAAAUAAUUGUAAUAAAAGAAUGUUUUUUUCUUCUA